UUAAUUUCCAAUACACCUUUCAAUAAACGGAUUAAUGAUUGGAAGACAUUGGAAUUGGAAUUUAUUGGAAGGCCAAUGUCUUCCAAUCUUCUAAUUAACAAUGGGUUGAGGCUCUUAAUCAAUUUUUACAAUUUUGUCAU